AAAGAAUUACAUUUGCAGGAAGUACUGGUUGCGCUCCUUUCUUGGGAGAGUAUACAGUGGAGACGCGAGGGAAGUUGCUGGAGGUCUCCAUUCUUCCAUCUCGUCAAUUCUACUGUGAAAGAAAUGGAUAGUAUAAUUUGUAAACACGAAGGAGAGCAUAUACUUAUGCCAGGACUAGAACUAAAGAUUGAAGAUCAGUGCAUUGUAAAUAUUAAGCAGGAGGAAGACACGAACAUAAAGCAGGAAGAAGAUCCUAUAGUAAUUAGCGCAUAUGGAACCAGUAACAUAAAUACUCCAGAGAGAUGCCCCAGUCCUAUGUAUUCCCAGGACUCUACACAAGAAGAUAUCAAUCCCUACAGGCAUUACAAGGAGGAAGAUUUAAAUAUUGUGGUGGUUGAGUCAGAUCCAGCACUUCGUGCACAGAAUGACCAUCUUAAGAUUGAUGAGGAGGAUUUCUCUCCAGAGAUCAAUACAGAUGGUGGUAUGCCUAGGACAAUAACCGCAUUCAAGAUGAGAAACAUUAAUGUCCAAGAGCUGAUCCGGGCUAUAGAGGAACAUCCAGAGCUGUAUGACACUUCCUUAGCAUCCUACAGUGACUGCUAUAAGAAAAAGGAGGCUUGGGUGGAAGUGACUCGGCGAGUAACCCCGCAUUGGCACACUAUGUCAAGGAAAGAACGAGAGCUGCAAGAGCGCCAGCUAAAAAUCCGCUGGAAGAGUCUUCGAGACCGUUUCAAGAGGGAUCUUAAUGCUUUGGGCAGUCAGAGGACUGGGUCUGCAAAAAAAGUGAGAAUUCAUCGUUUCUUUGAAAAGCUACAAUUCCUCAAGGCUUCAAUGACAACAAGAAAAACAUCUGGAAAUGUCAAAGAGGAAAGCGAGGAAAGUUUGCCCAUCCCUGUGGCUGAGGCUGUGGUUGAGGAGGAACCAGAGGCUGAGCCUUCCCAGCAGGCAGAUUCCUCAGUCAGUGUCUUCAUCCCAGCAGAGGAGAAAAUCCUGCGACCGUCUCAACAGCAGCGGGGAAAAAGAGUGCCGAAGAAAAAAGUCAGUUUUCCUGAUCCCUUGUCAGCAGAAGUUAUGUCCGUCCUUGGGGAGAUGCGGGAUCAACUGCGAGAGGCUCGUGAACGUGAGCCAGCCCGUCAGGAAGAAAGCAUUUCGAGCUUCCUAAUAUCUCUAGGAGAUGACAUGCGGCGUAUUUCCCCAGAACGACUGCCUCAUGUAAAAUUUCAGUUGAUGCAGGUGGUACAUCAAGCUAUAUAUACCCCCACAAUGUCUAUACCACCAUUUCCCACAACGUAUCCCUCUUCUAACUCCUCAUUUCCACCCUUUUCACUGACCACAGACACUCACCCACAACAUGAUUUAUAUACACCAACACCACCUCCCCUGCAUACUCAUAAUUCAUAACCAUUGUAUGUGACCUACAUUACACAUUCUACAUCUACCAUAAGCUGUUUUACAACCUUCUUACUAUUGAUUUAACCCUGCCACACCUCAUGCAAUAUUUGCUUCUUAAAACUUGUAAAUAGGCCA